UUGGCAGUCUCUGGGUCCAGUCAGUAGAGGAGCAUCAAGCACAGACUUUGCACGCCGCUGGAAGGAUCUAUUACACUGAAAAAAAAUUAGGAGAAGGCACAGUGUGACCAGACUGCUGCCUGAAAGGGAACAGAGCUGAGAGCACUGAAGACUGUGAGCAGAGUCUUCUGAACCAGCUGAGCUCUAAAGGACGCCAAGAUGUGGAAGAAGUCAAAGGUGACCGAUCAAACUGCCGCUGGGCAGACGGGCAUUAAGAAGAAGUCGAAGGUGCCCGGUGUCAUGAUAACACAGUUUAAGGAGGAACUUCCAGAGGGAAUGACAACUCCAGAUUUCACCCGCAAACCCAUCGCUCUGACUAUUCAAGAGGGUAAAUUAGCAGUCUUUAAAGCAAAAAUUACCGGUAACCCAACACCCACUGUAACAUGGGGCAGAGCAAAUGGAGAAAUUCAUUAUCAUCCUGACGUGUGCCUGCAAAAGUAUGAUGAGGCAACCCAAGAACAUACCAUUGAGUUUCCUAAAGUCUCCCCAGAGGACGCUGACACCUAUAAGUGUUUUGCAACAAAUGAACAUGGAAGAGCUGUUUGCACUGUCGUCUUGAACGUCAUUGAGGUCGGAUUCUCCAAAACCAGGGAAAUGCAAAAGACACAGACAGAAGACGUGGCGGACUUCAGGAAAAAACUCAAAAAACGUAAUCCUGAUGGAACGCGUGAGGAAAAGCCAAUGGACUCAGAGGAGAAGGUCUGGGAAAUUCUCCUCAGUGCAGACAAGAAAGACUAUGAGCGCAUCUGUGCCGAAUAUGGACUCACGGACUUCCGCGGCAUGCUGAAGAGACUCAGUGAAAUGAAGAAAGAAAGGGAGGAGGAGAUCGCAGCGUUUGUUACACACAUCAGCACACUGAAACACAUUGAGGUGAAGGAUGAUGACUGUGCAACAAUUGAGUUGGACAUGGAACUCAAGGAUCCUUCUAGCAAAAUCUUCCUGUACAAGGAUGGUGUCAUGGUUCCAUUCACCCAAGAGGGCGCCGACGAGAUGAAACAUAAUUUGAAACAGGUUGGCAAGAAAUAUGUCUUCACAAUUAAGAAGCUGGGUACAGAAGAUGCUGGACUCUACUCCGUGGAUGUUGGGGGCAUCAACGUUUUCUCCACAGAUUUUAAAGUACCUGAGGUUGACUUUGCUGUCAAAAUAAAAGAGGUGAAGGCCGAGGAACGAGAGGACGCCCUGUUUCAGUGUGUACUGACUGCACCUAUGAGUGAGAUUAAAUGGUAUGGCAAAAGUGCUCUACUGACACAUGGUGAGAAAUAUGAAAUCAUCGUAUCUGAAGAUAAGCUUAUUCACAAGUUGAUUGUUCGGGACUGUCGGCCUUUGGAUGGUGGUAUCUAUGCUGCUGUGGCAGGAAUCAAAUCCUGUAAUGCCUUCCUUGUAGUUGAAGCUGAUAAAGACCCAGCCAACAAGGGCAAGAAGGCAGCUCGCAAAACCACUAUGGCCGGCGGUGGUGAUGACGCAGAUCUGGCAAAAAUAGCUAAGGAACAGCAGGAGAAAUAUCAGAAAGAAAUGGAAGAAAAACUAGAAAAGGCCAAGAGACGUAAGAAAGAAGGUCCACUUGUUCCAGAUACAGUAGUAGUGGUUGAAAAAUCCUUAGAUCCUGGUGUUCACUUUCACGCUGGGCUUUCUGACUGCAAAGUCAUAAUUGGAGAACCAGCAGAGCUGGAGUGUAAACUGAGCAAUGAAGAGUGUGAGGGAAUCUGGUACAGAGAUGGAAAUGAGAUUAAAUCUUCAGAGGGUAUCACCAUUUCAAAAGAGGGAAGCUUCCACAAGCUGAAAAUUCACAAAGUCACUGAGGAAUUUGCUGGAACAUAUAAAUUUGAAGCAGAUGGACGGAAGACAGAGGCCUCAAUUGUUGUUGAGGAUCCACCCAGAUUUGAUACUGAGGAAUUGGAGGCAUUUAAAACCCCUGUAACUGUGAAAAAAGGACAAAAAGCUUCCUUCAGACUACCGUUUAUUGGACGGGACCCUAUCAAAAUUCAGUGGUACCUUGAUGGCGAGGAGCUUGCAGAUGAAGGAAAUAUCAAGUUAGAGCAUGGAGAGGGUUACACCCGUCUACUUCUAAACAAGCUGCAGCGCAAAGACAGUGGCGAAAUCAAGAUAAAACUCAAAAAUGAGUUCGGCACUACUGAGGCUGUCAGCCAGCUUGUUGUACUGGAUAAACCCACUCCUCCAAUGGGACCUCUGGAGAUUGUUGAAGCCUCCUCCUCUGUAAUUGAAUUCAAGUGGAAACCCCCAAAAGACAGCGGUGGCUGCAAGAUAGCCAACUAUAUCCUUGAAAGAAAUCAAGUUGGCCGCAACACUUGGAAAAAGGUGGGACCAAUUGGUCCUGAUGCCAAAUUCAGGGACACUGAUGUAGACCACGGGAGGAGGUACUGUUAUCGCAUCAGAGUGGACACUGAGAUGGGCACCAGUGAGCUGAUGGAAACAGAGGACAUUCAAGCUGGUACCAAAGCAUACCCUGGUCCCCCAUCAGCACCAAAGGUCGUCAGUGCCUUCAAGGACUGCAUCAACCUCUCUUGGUCACCUCCAGCCAACACUGGAGGAACCAACAUUCUGGGAUACAACCUUGAGAAACGCAAGAAGGGCAGCAACCUCUGGGGUCAGGUCAACCCACCUGACCAGAUGAUCACAGCUAAGGGAUUUGGUGUUAAAGAUGUGGUUGAGGGCAUGGAGUACGAAUUCCGUGUGUCAGCAAUCAACAACUCUGGAGCGGGUGAAUUCAGUACACCAUCUGAGUUCGUGUUUGCAAGAGACCCUAAAAAGCCCCCUGGUAAAGUCAAAGACUUAAAAGUGACAGAUUCCACCUACACAACUCUGUCCCUGUCUUGGACCAAGCCCAAGGACGUUGAGGGGGUUGAGGAUGAAGCCAAGGGAUAUUUUGUGGAGAUCCGACCUGCAGAAAGCACAGAAUGGGAUCGCUGCAAUUUAAAUCUUAUCACCAUGACUUCCUAUACAGUGAAAGGCUUGAAGUCACUGGCCAUGUACUGGGUGAGAGUCAUUUCUAUGAAUGACGGAGGAGAGGGAGAGCCACAGGAGCUGGAUAAUUACAUCCUCGCUAUGCCCCCUCCUGUGAGACCACGAUUCACUGAUGCCAAAAUCAAGAGUUUCAUGGUGGUGAGAGCAGGAAAUUCUGCACGAUUCAACAUCAACUUUGAGGCCUCUCCUUGGCCUGAUAUCACCUGGCAGAAGGAUGGAGCGCCAGUGUCUAAAAAGGUAACCAUCAGCAACACAGAGGGAACAUCCCAGCUUCUGAUUCCUUCUGCUGAGCGCUCAGAUACUGGAAUCUACACUAUCAUUGUCAAGAACAUUGUCGGUCAAGAAGCAUACAGCAUUGAAAUUAGAGUCACAGAUGAGCCAAAGCCACCAGGUCCUGUGGAGGUCGACGAAAAUGUGCCUGGCACAGUGACCAUCUCAUGGACCGCGUCACCAGAUGAGAAACGUGACGACAGGCUGCACUACAUGGUGACUAAACGUGACUCAAGUAAAAGACAGUGGCACACAAUUGCAGAUCACAUCUUCAACAACAGAUUCACAGCCUGCAACAUCAUGCCAGGCCGAGAAUACCAGUUCCGAGUCUACGCAAAGAACGACAUGGGCUCCUCAAAACACUCUGAAUCACCAAAGUGGCUGAUUACUGCCAAAAAAGAAAAGUUCACUCUAAACAUGCCACAGUCAAAGGUCACAGAUCUACAAUGUCCCCCCAAGUUCAUUGUCCCACUGAAAAUGCACACUGCUCCUCAAGGGUAUGAAUGCUACAUGAGCUGUGCUGUAAAAGGGGACCCGACACCACAUGUCACAUGGCUCCGCAACAACAUCAGUCUGAAUACCAACACUAACUACUUCAUCUCCAACACCUGCGGAGUCUGCUCUCUGCUCAUAUUGAGGGUCGGAGCUAAAGACACCGGGGAGUACAAGGUUGUUGCUGAAAAUGCAAUGGGAAGGGCCGAGUGCUCCACCAAACUGACAGUCAGAGAAUAAACGGACAAACUGAAGAUGGUAGAAUUGCUCUAAAACACCAACAGAAAACAAGCUGCUGUUGGGAGUCACAUAAUUUAUCUCCAGAGUUAAGCAAACCCCUAGAAUGUAGUAAUAUUUAAUAUUGCCUGUGAUGCCUUCCUUUAAGGUUUUUAACUAUUUGAAUAAAUGGAAACCUGUGGAGGAAUUUGCUCAUCAAAGUUGAACUCACAAUAAGGUCUUAGGCAUAAAAGGUUGCUGAAAUAUAAGCCACACACUUGUUUGUUAUUUGCUUGUUUUAAAUUAUGCAAUUUCUAUCGAAUGGAAGCUUGAAAUACUAAGUUGCAAUCUCACAUAUUUGAACUGCAAUAACAUGCAUGUUAAACGGCUAGAAUAUUUAGACUAUAUGACACUUUGAGGAAGUUAUUUAUUGAAGUUAUAUGUUAAAAAUGGAACCGUUUUUCUUUCAGUUAAUCUUUAGUUGGAGGUUUCUGUUUAAAUAUAUAGCGAUUGUUUGGUUGCAAUUGUUUUUUUGUUUUGUUUUUUCCUCAACUGAGGAUUUCUAAUCUUCCCCUCAAUUUAAACAAAAAGAAAUACUGACAUAAACAAUUUAAUACAAUGUUAUAGUCUGUUCUACCUGUGGACAUUUAUGUGUGGGUUUGGUGUAAAUAAAUGUUUCAUACUGCUA